AUUUGCCACCACUUAUCCUUUUUUCGAUGGAUGGUUUUAGAGCAGAAUAUUUGCAAACAUGGAGUUCUUUGCUACCAAAUAUCGAAAAACUCAAAACAUGUGGCACACAUUCAAAGUACAUGAGAGCUGCUUACCCUACCAAAACCUUCCCGAACCACUAUACUAUUGUCACGGGUUUGUAUCCAGAAUCUCAUGGUAUCAUUGACAACAGUAUGUACGAUGUCAACUUGAAUCAGAGUUUCUCGCUUUCUGGGAAGGUAAAAUUCAACCCUGUUUGGUGGAAAGGACAGCCAAUCUGGCUCACAGCAAUGUAUCAGAAUUUGAAGGCUGGCACCUUCUUUUGGCCUGGAUCAGAUGUACCUAUUAAUGGAACAUAUCCCAAUUUAUACAGAAUGUACAACAAAUCAAUUAUAUAUCAACAGAGAAUUUCAGAAAUACUCACCUGGCUUGAUGGUCCCAAAUCUGAGAGGCCAGAUUUCUAUACUUUGUAUAUUGAAGAACCUGAUAGUUCUGGACACUCAUAUGGACCAGUUAGUGGUGGAGUCAUUAAAGCUUUGCAGUUAGCAGACCAGGCAUUGGGAAUGUUAAUGGAAGGACUGAAACAGAGAAACCUGCACAAAUGUGUAAAUCUCAUUGUUUUGGCUGAUCAUGGAAUGGAUAAGACCUACUGCAACCAGUUAGAAUACAUGACAGAUUAUUUUAAUAACAUUAAUUUCUACAUUUACGAUGGGCCUGCAGCUCGCAUUCGGGCUUACAAUGUUCCAGAAGACUACUUUACAUUUGAUUCUGAAGGAAUUGUUAAAAACCUUACAUGCCGAAAAUCCAACCAGCAUUUCAAACCCUACAUGACACCCAACUUGCCAAAGCGAUUUCAUUAUGCUAGCAACAUUCGCAUUGACAAAGUUCAUCUUUUGGUGGACCGGCAGUGGCUGGCUGUUAGGAAUAAAGAUUAUACAUUUUGUGGUGGAGGUAAUCAUGGCUAUGACAAUGAACUUAAAAGUAUGGAGGCUAUCUUCAUAGCAUAUGGCCCAAGCUUUAAAGAAAAAACUGAAGUGGAACCUUUUGAAAACAUUGAGCUUUAUAAUCUAAUGUGUGAUGUGCUGCAUAUUCAGCCUGUACCAAACAAUGGAACUCACGGCAGUUUAAAUCAUCUUCUGAAGGCACCUUUCUAUAAUCCAUCUCAGUCAAAAGAAGAAUCAUCUCCUUCUUCAUGCCCUUUUACCACAUCAACUCCUGUGGAUCAGUUAGGAUGCAAGUGUGCCCUACAAAUGUCGAAUUCGGAAGCAAUAAAUCAAAGAUUAAAUCUCACCUCCGAAGCAAUAAAGAAAGUGGAAACUUAUACUUUGCCCUAUGGGAGACCUAGAGUUCUAAAGAAGCAAAACACCUACUGCCUUCUUUACCAUCAUCAGUAUGUGAGUGGAUACAGUCACAACCUCUGGAUGCCACUGUGGAGUGCAUACACUGUCAAUAAAACUCAGGCAGACGCAUCUUCACUUCCUGCCACUGUUCCAGACUGUCUGCGGGCUGAUGUUAGGAUCCCUGUUGCUCAAAGCCAAAACUGUUCCGACUACAUGCCUGAUCUGAACAUCACCCACGGUUUCCUCUAUCCUCCCAAUUUCAAUACAACUGCUCCAGAACAAUAUGAUGCCUUACUUACCAGCAAUAUUGUCCCCAUGUAUAAAGAAUUCAAAAAGAUAUGGAACUAUUUCCAUGAGGUGCUGCUUCUAAAGUAUGCUACUGAGAGGAAUGGACUGAAUGUGGUCAGUGGACCAGUGUUUGACUACAAUUACGAUGGCCAUUUUGAUGCACUUCAUGAAAUUACACAGCAUGUAAACAACACACAAAUCCCUGUCCCGACUCACUACUUUGUGGUGCUGACCAGCUGUAAGAACCAGUCUUAUACACCAUUGACCUGUGCAGGCUCCUUGGAUGUUUUAUCUUUUAUCAUUCCUCAUCGACCUGACAACAGUGAAAGCUGUGUUGAUGGGCAACCAGAAUCCCAAUGGGUUGAAGAAAGAGUUCAGGCUCAUUCAGCACGUAUUCGAGAUGUAGAACUUCUAACUGGCCUUGACUUUUACCAGGAUAGAGAUCAACCCCUCUCUGAAAUUUUACAGCUAAAGACAUUUUUGCCAACAUUUGAGACUAUCAUCAACUGAGCGUGUGUCAGUAACGUGGGGAAAAAUCUAAAUCAUUUAUGAAUGUGUUGAACAGCACUGGUCCCAGUACAGACCCCUGAGGAUACCUCUGUUUAUGUCUUUCCAUUCUCACCAGUUAUUCCCAGUCUUUGUUUCCUAUCUUUUAACUGGAAUACCGGACAAAGCUUUCAACUAAGGAUCCUUAGUUUACUUUAAUGACAAAUCCUUUGUAAUCUUUAUCACUCUGCCUCUGCUUAUAGACAAACUCUCUGCCUCACUGGCUGCGCUGCUCCCAGCUUUCAAAUUCAUCACAUAUCACAUUUGACAUGUGUUGCAAUUAAGAGCUCUGUCUAAGGAUAGGAUGAAUAGACUCUUGGUACAAAAUUCAGGUGGGAGAGCUAGAAUUGCUAAAAGACACCAUGACAUCCCUGCAUAAGGCAGUGAGAGGGAGCAAGAACCCCUUACAUAGCUGCACCAGACCCUAAGUCUGGACAGGAGGGAGUAAACAGAUCCACUCAGCUGCUUAACCCUUCCUCACAGCAGGUGGGCAGGGCAUGAGUGGGGAAUGUGCAAAACUGUGUCUCCACAUGAUCUUUGCUGGCCAAUACCACUAAGCUCAUGAUUUACUAGUGAUAGAAGAAAGCUACAA